AUGAUGAAAUCGCAACGUAUGCUCAUUAUUUUCUAUUAUCUGCUAGCCCUUACGAUUCUAUAUACAAAGUAUGUCUCAAUAUUGAAGAAUGAACGUCAGCCUCUGAACAGUUCGCGGAUUGAAGCUCUAGUUCAUGAGCCUUUGGUGACUGUGAAAGAGACCUGUAUAAUUCAUCACCAAAAUGACGAAUAUUUUGAGGAAAUUGCACAAAUUAUCGGUAAGAUGCUCUCAGAGAAUGGCAUAAAGCCCGAGUUUGAGAGCUUUAGCAAAGUUCCAUGGGAUACACGAACUGAAAAGUCACAGACAACCAAAAGAGAAUACUCGAUAGUUUUAAUUCACGGAGAUGCUGAACGUGAUUUAAACUUUGAAUGUACAGUAAAGGGUGGUAAUACCUUGGUAUUUACAAUAUAUAAGGAGCUGUCAGACUCCGUUGCUGAUCGUAUCUACAACUUGACUCACAGGUUGUUUUUCAAGGAUUUGGAAAAGGGUGGUAAGGAUAAAUUUGUUGGUUUAAAUAUAAACUUUAUUCUACUGAGUAGUGUUGCCCGUUGGGAUAUUAAAAGGCAAAUUUUAGAACCUUUUAUGAACAAGGUUAUUGACGUUUUAUCACUCCUUUAUGAUGUGAAUGUACAUGGAAAACAAGUAAAUUUUGACAUUUCUUCAUUUUUGGAGGAUCCAACUGAGGUUUCGGCCCUGGAUCUGCAAAAGGAGGGUCAUUUAUUCUACAAUUUUAUAGAAGGGAUUCCUAAUGUAGACGUUUCACUUGAUGAUUCUCAUGCAUUCAGAGAAAAUCUAAACUUUUUUGCACUUGUUCCUGAAGAUAGAUUUUAUAUUCAUGAUUCAGUUUCUAAAAAUGAUAGGUCUUCAUUCAUGAUUGAGAGGUUGGGAAUAUUCACUAUACUAAACAGAGAAUUUAAGGAGGAAGCAACUUCUCAAGAUGCUACGCCAGAGGAAGACUCUGCUGUAGAAACAGCUAAAAAUCAUUUAGUUCCAUUGACAGAUGACGAAGUAAAGGAGUUAGUCUCAGCCUGGACCACUUACAUACGUAAAAUGUUUGGACUACCUCCUAGCUUAAGCGAGUACAUUUUUAGCCUAUGCGAAGAAACUGAUCUAGUAUAUGGCUUUAAAGUAGUGGGUAAAGAUGUAGAGUUCAGGCUGGCGUUUGAGUCUCCUGAACAUGCGGCUUUUUACGACUUUGAGGUUGGUAAACUGUUGAAAAGAUUCCAAAAGAUACGCACUGUAAAGAGUAUAGAGAAUUUACAAACCAUUGAAUCACUCUCCAAAAUACAUUUCAUGACUCAAAUUACACAAAUUGUCAGAGAAUAUACAGAGGAUGCCAUGAAUGCGCUGGAACGUGUGAUUAGCGGAGAUAGCAGAAGCAUACAACUCUCUAAAUUUGCGUACAAGCAAACUCUAGAGGCGCUAGGAGACGAUGAAAUGUACUACAAGAACAUCUUAUCAAUCGAGCAUCUCUUUGCCGUACUCAUGUGUGAUGUCUUCCCCUUUGCGUUUCCAACGCUAGUCGCACUAAUAAAGCAUCUACGUAGCAGAUAA